AUGGAGAUUAGGUUUAAGUGUGUUAUUCAUCAUUCUGGUGAGUUUUCUAAGGAGUUUUCAAAUUUUACCAAGUCAGGUUAUGUAGGGUUAGAGGAGAUAUGGGAUGUUGAUCCUGAUUAUUGGAGUUACUUUGAAAUAUUGGACAAGUUAAGAGAGUUAGGUUACCAUACUAUAGAUAGGAUUUGGUAUUAUGAUGAUAUGAUUUCUAAUGAUAUAGUUCAGUUAGAAAAUGAUAAGGGAACUGAUAGGAUGAGAACCAUUGCAGUGUUAACUGGGGAAUGCCACUUGUAUGUUACACAUCUUGUAUUUGUACCUGAUGUUAUUGAGGAGCCCGUACUCUCACUACCAUAUGUGAGCAUAUUGGGUGAAGAAAUGUGUGGUGAAGGUCCUGAUAUGGUUAAUAGUGAGGAUGGGACCACAGUGGCCGAAGAUGUGGUGGAAGAGGGGAUAAGAGUUGAUGAAGUUGAGGAGAAUGUUAGGAUUUAA